AUUUGAUUAAAAUUUGAAAAACGAUACUUAGCCCAACGACUCCGUACGUGAUUUUUGUAUCCGACUACCGAAGACCGAAGUCGGAAGUAUAACUAUUUAUUAUCUGCCUCAAUUGACUUCUAUUUUUCUCCUGUUUCCUUCCAAAAUCAAUUAUCAAUUUUCUCUCUAGGGUUCUUGUACAGCCAGAGCGACAAUCCAUCAGCAUCAGUUAUCAUGUCUUCCAAGAACAGAGGACGUGUAAGGUGGGAUGAGGCUAACUUGGGGGAGAUCGAAAAAAAUAAACCUGUUAGACAGAAGAUCACCGAGCCAAAGACGCCAUAUCAUCCUAUGGUUGAAGAUGACGGUUCUUUGUCUCCUAUACGUAGUGCCUUUGAUGAGUGUAUUGCUGAUGCUGAACAUGCGGAUGCUAUUCGCCAUGCUUUGAAUGAUGUAGCUUCUUCCAGUGGUGAGAAAACUCAUCCAUCUGGUGGCUGGACCUCAUCUGAGGAUGAGGGGGAUUCGAUGGAGCAGGAUGAUGACGAUUCAGAUAAGAGUUUGCGUUUCAAAGAACACAGGCGUGCACAUUAUGACGAAUUUCUGAAAGUGAAGGAACUUCGACGCAAGGGUUCUUUCAUGGAGGAAGAAUCCGAUGAGGAUGGAAACAUCGAUGUCAAGCACGAGUCUUCGUCACUGAGUCCGGGAAUAAAAGCUAUUGCCAUUGAUGAAGACAAGGAGUGUGCAAAUGCAAUCCAUUCUCUGUCAACCAAUGGAAUUUAGUAGCUGCUACGAUCCUUCCGACAAAUGCAGUUGUGGUGUAUAUAGAUCAUCUGUAAUACCAGAGUGGAUGGUUUUGUUCCUUUUAUGCUGUGAUCAUGAAUCAUAACCAUUAACUUGUAAUAUCAUGAUCAUCAUUUCGGUAAAUUUGUUUUGAUAUGUGAUCAUGAUGACCAACCUAAUUGUUUUAUAAAGCGUAAUUGUUGUUUUUUGAAAUUAAUUCAUAUUAUAUAUGUGAACUGUCGUCGUCAUUAUCUUCA